GCUGCUGCAGUUUGACAUGUCGAAUGGAGGAGGAGGAGGCGGCGGCAAGUCAUCGACCGCAGCAGCGUGUUGUUGCGACGCUGCGUGGCACUGCUUGCUCGGGACUGCCUGUGAUUUGCGAACACCCCCCCUCCCCAACAACCACCACGCCACCAGCAGCACCUCCGACGCACAUGGCCGAACCCUCCCUCCGUCAGCGGGGCUUAGCUAGUUGCUACCAGCCGGUCGGAACGGCGAGCUAAACUACCGUCAAACACACAACCCACCCGCUUCAUCAACCGUCGUCCCAUGGGUGUCGCUACCGGGAACGUCCUGACUCGUCGUCCGGUGCGGCAAACCACCGCAGAGUCGCUCGGUACGGGCCACCGGAGAUAUCGUGUGUCGGCCGGGAAGCGGGACUUGAGGACGCGGCCACUGAUGUGAUGCCAGAGUCGGGCUGCAAAACAAAGGUCCGAGUGUAAGGAAAAACCUCCAGAUUGCGGUGCAGUGCGGCCUGACGCAUUCUGGCCAUCCCGCCAUGUUCCGGAACAGCUUGAAGAUGCUGCUCACGGGGGGCAAGGCCAACCGCAAGAGUCGCAGCAGUGAUGGCGGGAGCGAGGACCUGGCAGACCCCCGCUCGCCCUGUUUAGACCCUCACCUGAGCCACUUUGGCCAAGGUGGCAGCUUAGACGGCGACUGCGCCUUCGAGCCCGACUACUACAGCGCGUUACCGCCGCCUCCGCCGCUCUCCAUGGCCGAGGGCGUCCAGCAUAUUCGCAUCAUGGAGGGCGUGUCGCGCUCGCUGCCCUCGUCGCCGCUGCUCAGCCACCAGGCACUCGGAGUCCGGCUGCAGGCCGUCAAGAAGCUCACAGCCCCUCUGCGGAAAGCAAAGUUCGUGGAGAGCCCUCGUGUUCCGCAAUCGGAGCUCGGCUCCCCCGACCAAGCCUGGAAUUCCCACCUGGAUAGAUUGUGCCCAGGGGAGUCGAGCCAGGAGCUGGGCCCCCCUCCCACGGUGGAUGAGGCCGCCAACACAUUGAUGACGCGCCUGGGCUUCCUUCUGGGAGACAAAGCGAGCGAGGGGCCAGCCGGUCCCCAUUACAGCAUGGAGGAGCCCGAGGCCAGACAGGGCCAGAACCAGCGCAUCAGCCCAUGCUCCACGCUGACCAGCAGCACCGCAUCACCCCCUGCGGGCAGCCCCUGCUCCACCUUGCCCGCCCCCAUGUCGGGCCAGGCGGGCACAAGGGAUUGCGCCUACGGCUCGGUCACCAGCCCCACCUCCACACUAGAGAGCCGCGACAGCGGAAUCAUCGCCACACUGACCAGCUACUCUGAGAACAUGGAGCGCUGCGGCAGCAAGCACGGCGGCGGUGGCGGCGGCGGCACAGAGGGCUCGCGUGGCAACCUGAAACUGUGGCAGUCGCAGAAAUCAGGCAUGGACUCCUUCCUGUACCGCGUGGACGAGAACAUGACGGCGUCCACGUACAGCCUCAACAAGAUCCCUGAGCGCAGCCUGGAGAGCAUGUCCUCGCCCUCGGCACACUCCAUCCCCUUGUACCUCAUGCCCCGACCCAAUUCUGUGGCCGCCACCAGCUCGGCCCACCUGGAGGACUUGGCCUACCUUGACGAGCAGAGGCACACCCCCUUGCGCACCUCGCUGCGCAUGCCCAGACAGAGCACCACCUGCGGGCCCGUCCGCUCAGGGCCGGACCUCAGAGGUUCCACGAACAACUCCCAUGCCUGGCAGUCGCAGUCACCAGUACGUUUUGCGCCGUACCGGCCCCAGGACAUCACCCUGAAACCGCUGCUUUUUGAAGUGCCGUCCAUCACGGUGGACUCUGUGUUCACCGGCCGCGAGUGGCUCUUCCGGGAGAUCGACGGUCACCUCAAUCAUCCCGGCAGCACCCGAGGCGUGGUGGUCGUUGGCAACAUCGGCUUCGGCAAGACGGCCAUCAUCUCUCGCCUGGUGGCGCUCAGCUGCCAUGGGACACGCAUGCGACAGAUCGCCUCCGACAGCCCGCAGGCCUCGCCUAAACAUGGCGAGGGCCUCCCUCUCAGCCAGCCACAGCCCACGCAUGGCACGCUGGGGGGAGGCAGCUGUCCAGGGACCCCCGAGAUGAGGCGGCGCCAGGAGGAGUCCAUGAGGAGACUUGCCUCUCAGGUGGUGGCAUACCAUUACUGCCAGGCGGACAAUGCCUACACUUGCCUGGUGCCCGAAUUUGUGCACAACGUGGCGGCGCUGCUGUGCCGCUCGCCUCACCUGGCGGCCUACAGGGAGCAGAUGUUGCGUGAGCCACACCUGCAGAGCGUGCUGAGCCUGCGCUCCUGCGUCCAGGACCCCUUGGCAUCCUUCAGGAGGGGCGUACUCGAACCCUUGGACGCGCUCUACAAAGAGAGGAAGAUCAAUUCAGAGGAAGACCUGAUCGUCCUCAUCGAUGGCCUGAACGAAGCCGAGUUCCACAAGCCCGACUACGGCGACACCAUCGUCUCCUUCCUCUGCAAGACCAUCCACAAGUUCCCCCCCUGGCUCAAGCUGGUCGUCACGGUGCGGACCACCUUGCAAGAGAUCACCAACCCGCUGCCGUUCCACCGCAUCUCGCUGGAUGGCCUCGAGGAGAACGACGCCAUCGAUCAGGACCUGCAGGGUUACAUCCUGCACCGCAUCCACAGUAGCCUGGAGAUCCAGAACAACAUCUCGCUCAACGGCAAGAUGGACAACACCACCUUCGGCAAACUUAGCGGACAUCUCAAGGCCCUCAGUCAGGGCUCCUACCUGUACCUCAAGCUCACCUUUGACCUUAUUGAGAAGGGCUACCUGGUCCUCAAGAGCUCCAGCUACAAGGUGGUUCCGGUCAACCUGGCCGAGGUGUACCUGCUGCAGUGCAACAUGCGCUUCCCCACGCAGUCGUCGUUUGAGCGGGCGCUGCCUCUGCUCAACGUGGCUGUGGCCUCGCUGCACCCGCUCACCGACGAGCAAAUCUACCAAGCCAUCAACGCCGGCUCGCUGCAGGGUACGCUGGACUGGGAGGACUUCCAGCAGCGUGUGGACAACCUGUCCGUCUUCCUGGUGAAGAGGCGGGACGGCACCCGCAUGUUUGUCCACCCGUCCUUCCGGGAGUGGUUAAUAUGGCGUGAGGACGGCGAGAAGACCAAGUUCCUGUGCGAUCCCAGGAGCGGCCACACCCUGCUGGCCUUCUGGUUCUCGCGGCAAGAGAACAAGCUGAACCGGCAGCAGACAAUCGAGCUGGGCCACCACAUCCUCAAAGCACAUAUCUUCAAGGGUCUCAGUAAGAAAGUGGGCGUGUCCUCGUCCAUCUUGCAAGGCCUAUGGGUGUCCUACAGCACGGACGGUCUGUCGGCAGCGCUCUCGUCACUGAGGAACCUCUACACGCCCAACAUCAAGGUGAGUCGGUUGCUGAUGCUGGGCGGAGCCAACGUCAACUACCGUACGGAGGUGCUCAACAACGCUCCAGUGCUGUGCGUCCACGCCCACCUGGGCUACAUGGACAUGGUGGCCCUGCUGCUGGAAUUCGGCGCCUAUACAGACGCACCCUCCGAGAGCGGCCUGACGCCGCUCGGCUAUGCCGCCGCCGGGGGUCACAUGGCCAUCGUGACGGCGUUGUGCCGCAAGAGAGCCAAGGUGGACCACCUGGACAGGAACGGGCAGUGCGCGCUGGUGCACGCCGCCCUCCGGGGCCACAUGGAGGUGGUGAAGUUCCUCAUCCAGUGCGACUGGAGCGGCGGGUCGGCGCAGCACUCGCCGCAGACCCAGCAGCAAGCCACCUUCACCAAAAGCCACGCCGUCCAGCAGGCCCUCGUCGCUGCCGCUAGUAUGGGCUACACCGAGAUUGUGUCCUACCUGCUGGACUUGCCGGAGAAAGACGAGGAGGAGGUGGAGCGAGCACAAAUCAACAACUUCGACUCGCUCUGGGGCGAGACGGCUCUGACGGCAGCCUCGGGUCGAGGCAAGGUGGAAGUGUGCCGCCUGCUGCUGGAGCAAGGUGCCGCCGUGGCUCAAUCCAAUCGGCGAGGCAUCGUGCCGCUGUUCAGCGCCGUCCGACAGGGCCACUGGCAGGUCAGCAUCUUUGAGAACGAUAGCGACUGUCAUACUAAUCGUAAAAUAAUCAUAACAUUUGUUUGUCAGAUAGUAGACCUUCUCCUGACACACGGUACCGACGUCAACUUGGCGGACAAACAGGGCCGCACGCCGCUCAUGAUGGCCGCCUCGGAAGGACACUUGGGAACGGUGGAGUUUCUGCUCUCGCAAGGAGCCUCCCUUUCUCUGACGGACAAGGAGGGUCUGACGGCGCUCAGCUGGGGUUGCCUCAAGGGUCACCUGCCGGUGGUCCGAUGCCUGGUGGAGAGCGGAGCCGCCACCGACCACGCCGACAAAAACGGCCGAACGCCACUCGACCUGGCCGCCUUCUACGGCGACUCCGAUGUGGUCCAGUUCUUGGUGGACCACGGCGCCAUGAUCGAGCACGUGGACUACAGCGGCAUGCGUCCUCUGGACCGGGCGGUGGGCUGCAGGAACACGUCGGUGGUGGUGGCCCUGCUGACAAAAGGCGCCAAGAUAGGAUGUCAGACACUGCCCAGUCGGCCCCGAGGUCCGGCCACGUGGGCAAUGGCCACCUCCAAACCCGACAUCAUGAUCAUCCUGCUCAGCAAACUCAUCGAGGAGGGCGACGGCUUCUACAAGAAGGGGAAGGUGAAGGAGGCAGCACAACGCUACCAGUACGCACUCAAAAAGUUCCCGCGCGAAGGCUUCAGCGAGGACCUCAAGACGUUCAGGGAGCUCAAGGUUUCGCUCUUCCUCAACCUGUCCCGAUGUCGCAGGAAAAUGCACGACUUUGGGAUGGCUGAGGAAUUUGCUACCAAGGCCCUUGAACUGAAACCGAAAUCCUUCGAGGCCUACUAUGCCAGGGCCCGGGCUAAGCGUAGUAGCAGGCAGUUUCCCGAAGCCUUAGAGGACCUGAACGAAGCCAUGAAGCAGUGCCCCAACAACCGAGAGAUCCAGCGGCUGCUGCAACGCGUGGAGGAGGAGUGUCACCAGCUGAGCCGGGGGGAGCUCCAACCUCCAGACCUGGAACUGGAGCCUCCCCCCUCCCCACCUCCGACGCCUCCUCCAGAGGACGAAGAGUGCCAGUCCCUCCCCAUGCCUCCGCCACCUCCCCCGGAGCCCCGUCUGGAGGACAUGGAGCCCGUCCAGGAUCUCUUUGAGGAUGAGGACUACCUAGAGCAGGAGCUUGAGGCCAUGUCCAUGGGUCUCCCCCCGCCGGAUUCCCUCGCCAAUCCCUCCGGUCUCCCCAUCAUCCAGAGCCCUCCUCUUUCCCCCACGCACGCAGACCAGAUCUACCGACCUGGAGGUUCUCCGAUGGGGCAGCCUUACGAGUACCACCCCGCCUCCUCCUCCAUGUCCUCCCCUACCCAUGGGUCUUACCAGACCACACCGCCCUCCCUCUCCCCGACGCACCACAAUUCUCACUAUCGACACAGCCCGCCGCACACCUCCCCGGCGCACCGGCCGUCCUACCGCUUCAGCCCGCCCCCCGCGGGCGGCGGCGGGCAGGGGAUGGAGCGCCAGAGCCCGCCGCCGUCUCCUCUGCGCCGGGCUGCCCAGUACAGAGCCAGUCCGCCGGUGGACAGCGUUUGCCUGUACAGGUCUCAGUCGGGCUCGCCUGCGCGCUACCAGACGGAGCAGCACCCCGGUCGGCCCAAAUCACCCCUGUCCAAAAUGAGCAGCCAGCGCUCCUUCCAGCUCAGCUCUCAGCCCUCGCUGUCGUCCCAGCACCACCAAGCCCAAGGCCUUCGUCUGCAGCCUUCCAUCGCCCAAAUCGUGCGCACAAACCAGCCCAGCAGCGUGAUGGGCAACAGCGGGUACGGGGGGCCGAUGGGUCACGCCAUCGGUAGCCGUUACCAGGGCGGUUCGGUGGACGUGGACAGCCGACUGGUGUACCAGCCCUCGCUGGACGGGCGUUCUAUGUCGCAGGUGCAAGCCAGCCUCAGCUCCGGCGCCCUCUGUCAGCACGGCGGCCGAGGAGGGGUUAUGGAGUCGGGCCUGUUGAAAGACGAGCUACCCCAGCGCCCCUCCUCUGCCUACCGCGCCGGCAGCGGGGGUCCGGCGGGCAUCCGUUACGGUCAGACGCCUCAGAUCAGUCGCAGCCAGUCCGCCGCCUACUACCCGGUCUCCGAGCACGCGCUGGACCGAGCCAACGCCGUGCCGCCUUGCCAGCUGGGCUCCCCCGAGGUCCCGCAUAUGGUGAGACGCCCCAUCAGCGCCAACACCACCGAGAUAAAGCCGCACGCGCCCGCCCCGAGGCCACUCAUUCACUCGCAAAGUGUAGGCCUUCGUUUCUCCCCCUCCAGUAACAACAUCUCCACCGGCUCCAGCUCAAACCUGGCACCGGGCUUCAGGCCAUCCUCCUCCAUCCAGCAAAUGGAGAUCCCCUUACAGGCCACCUACGAGCGGCCUUGCGAUGACACGUCGCCCAUCUCUCCCUCGCAAGGUGGCGGGGGUCUGUAUCAGAGCGAGCCCACCCGCUCCCGUAACACCCCUUUCAUGGGCGUCAUAGACAAGACGGCGCGGACUCAGCAGUACCUGCACCAGCCCUCCCGGUCCCGCGCCAUGGACUCGGCAGUCAGCCCCACCUCGCCCGGCCAACUGGUCCAACAGGGGUCCACCUACAGCCCGCCCAGCUCGCUGGGAAACAUUGCCUAUUACAACAAGACCAACAACGCGCAGAACGGCCACCUACUGGAGGAGGACUACUACGCCCAGACGCCGCCGCCCUCGCUGGGCAAGCUGGCCAACGGCUCGCGCGCCACCGGGGACAUCCUGGAGCGAGUCAGCCAAGCGCCCACCUACCCGGACGUGAAGGUGGCCAGGACUCUGCCUGUAGCGCAGGCCUACCAGGACAACGUGUACCGCCAACUCUCCCGAGACUCCCGCACGCAAGGGCCCUCCUCACCCAUCAAACCAAAGAGACCGUUUGUGGAGUCCAACGUGUGACGGCUCGGAUCACGACGCACAGAAACUCUUAACAGUGGGAAACAAAAACAAAAACAAAAAAAAAGAGACUCGGUAGAACUGGUGCGAGUGUGGCUACUCGCACUAUUAAGCUCUUGGACUUGAACUUGACUGACUGGAACGCCAUGACUUGACCAUCCUGUAAUGCUAACAGACUUGACUCCAGGCUCUGGACAACGACCGGUGCGCUUCUUCCAAAAACUGCACGGGAACAUCUUCUCGGACCGGUACUCUUAUCUCGUGCGGUCUUCACCGCGGUCGCUAGUAGACUCAAUUCAGUGUAAUAAAGUACUACAUGUUCAAUACUGUACAUUGCUCGGCAGAAUACAAAAUAGCUCAACAACUUAAGUACUGAGAGAACAAAUGACCAUAUUUAUAAUUAAGUUAUAUAUUGUACAUAGAAGUGAGAGGAAACAUCGUUUGAAUCGUAAACCGUUUACGCAGCCUUGGUGUCCCACCGCUGGUCCAAGGAGGGACGGACGUGCUAAAAUUCUUUACAUAAGCUCACGUUUUUGGGGGCGAUCAUACACAUGCGGCGCGUCAUUACCGCAAAUUGGGUUCGUUUAUUAGGUCUUUGCCGAUGUAUUGACAUAUUCUUCAAAGACCAGGAAGCGCGGCAAUGUGCCGAAAGAAAAACCCGCGCAAAUAGGUUGACGGUCGCCUUUUGAGUAAACACGUUUAAAAAGCAGUUAAAUUAGGCCCGGGGUGGCGGAUUAAAGCCACUAACGUACGUUUGCCUUUGCAAAGGCUCACACAAGACUUCAGGAUGAAAAGCAAGCAAAUGCACACGUCCUUCCUGCACUUUAUGAUUUUUUUUUCUUCCCAUUUCUUUCUCGUCUGAUUGUUGAAUGCAAGCGGCCACAUCAGUAUCAGAGAUGAGAUUUACCAGAAUUUUUAAGACUUGGAGCGAUGUAAAGACUUUCUAGCACAAGUUGUACAGGUGCAGCCUAAUGGUCAGUUGAAAAUUUGUUUGCAUCCGGCACGGCCACAAUCGAUAAUCCGGCUUUGUUUGAAACAGUGUCGCCACACUUUCCCGGUGAAAGGUUUCAAUUCUCGCUUUUUGCAGCACCCACGGGGUGUGUGGGUGUUAAAACACCCAAACGUUUUCCUGGUGAAAGGGUUCAAAAUAUAUAUAUUUUUUUUCCUGGUCACUUUUCACGGUGAAAGAUUCAACACCCACGCUCGCUGGAUGUUGUAUUCUUUCGAAUGUUUCAACACUUUCACAGUGAAGUUCAAACCUCACGUGUCAUUGCAACCCCGCAGAGAAAAUGUUUUAACACCCACACUUUUGCCAGGGAAAAAUUUCAACGAGAUGUGCUUUUCCUGCUAUUAUUACACAAAAAGCAAACUUACACAAGCCAACCUACCCCAAAACCUGCUAGCGGGAGUUCAACCUGGUACCGUUAAUGUUCCCCUUAUCUUUACUGAGAUGAAGUUGUCGCCUGUAUUAUACUUACUUUUAGAUCUUCUAAAUUGAAGCUAUCCAAGAGUGUAUGGUUCAAAUGUGCGUGCGCGUGCGUGUUAGCUGGCGUUAAAUAGUCCGAUGCAUGUUCUAUUCUUCUCAAACGGAAACAUGUAUAGCAGGCCGGUGUGCCCCCCUGCCAUUCCCCAUCCCGGUUUCUUUUUUUUUUUGAUUCAUGUAUUUGCUUGCCGAGCAGAGUUCUCUCGUCUGUACAUGUGAGCUUUCAGAUCGCUGUGAUAUACAUAAAUAUUAUUUAAAAAAAAAAAGUAAGCAGAAUGUGUUUUUAUCUCAUGCUAACUGAUUGUAACCUGUACAGUACAAUGUAUUGAGGGGAAAAAUCAUAUUUAUAAAUGGUUGCCUACCGAAACAC